AUGCAGUUCCAGCUCCUUACCCUCGCCUCUUUGGCCGCUUUUGCGUUCGCCGCACCUAUCACCAGGCAGGCCGCUGCCGGCGCAAAGGCCAAUGCCAAUGUUAAGGCUCAAGCAGACGUUGAUGCUGAUGUUGACCUGAACCUGUCCGUCGGUCUUCUCCAGCCCAACUCGAUCCUCAAGCUCGCUGCAGAUAUUGAUGUGGAUGUCGAUGCCAAGGUCAACGUCGGUGCAUCCAUCAAGGCAGCUGUCGCAGCUGAGGUCGAUUUGGAUGUGGAAAUCGAAAUCAAGGCCGUCAUUGAUACUCUUGUGAAGCUUGGUGUGGUCGAUGCGUUCGUGGACAUUACCGCGGAGGUUGAGGCCGCUCUGGGAGUCAAUGCGAAAAUCGAUAUCGAAGCAGCAAUCAACGCGGUCAUCAACGUAGCACUGGGAGUCUCAAUCGAUGUGGACGCACAGGUCGAUCUUUCGGUUGGCAGCUCAAUUCAAGCGUCCCUGGAACUUGCUGCCGCUGUGGAUGCGCAGCUCCAGGCGAAGGUGGACCUGGACGUCCAGAUUGACGUAGUUGCCGCAGUCAACGCCAUUAUCGACAUCGCAACCAAGGCCGGUGUUAAGAUUGAUGUCUCUGCCGCUGUCAAGGCUGCCGUUGGCGUGAAGACUAAGGCAAACCUGAAGGCAUGCGUGAACGCAAACAUUGUUGCCAAGUUGUAG